UCGCCGUCAGCGCUCGGCGCGCCUACCCAAAACGCACGCACGCACGGAGCGGCGGCCACACAAACACACACCCGUGCGGCCGGGAUGGUCACGUGACCCCAAGCGGGCCAAUCGCGAAUAAGGCCAUGGUGACAAGUUGUUGAUGCGAGCGAGCGGUGCUUCUCCCGAUGCUACGAGCAGCCGUGUGUUGCGGUGCGGGAAUAUUUGGAGAUAACUUGUAAAAUUUUCGCCGCUUACGAGCUCAACUCGGACCAGGGCCCGAUCCGGCGGGCGUCGUCGACGCCCGCGAGCGUGACAAGUCGGAAAUGGCUUCAUCAGAUGAGCCUUUAUACCUGACGGUGGGGACGGAUGUGAGUGCAAAGUACCGUGGUGCCUUUUGCGAGGCGAAAAUCAAAAAAGUGAACCGCAUGGUCAAAUGCCGGGUUACUUUCAAGAACAGCCUCGGCACUCACGUCAUCCCCGACGAGCACAUCAAGGGAAACACCUUGCGGGUUGGUGCCCAUGUGGAGGCCAAACACCCAGACAGGAACCAGUACUUUGAGGCUGUCAUUGGAAAACUCCUGGACUACAGCCAGUACACUGUUGUGUUUGACGAUGGAGACGAGACGACGCUGCGUCGAACUUCUUUGUGUCUCAAGAGUGGCCGGCACUUUGCAGAAAGCGAGACUUUGGACCAGCUUCCCCUCACCAACCCCGAGCACUUCGGCACGCCGGUCAUGGGCUCCAAGCUCAAGCGGAAGCGACGAUCGAUGCUGUCUAUUGCUACUAUGGAAGAAGACAGUAGCGACGAAGAGUCUGCCCCCACCCCUCCACCGGCCCCAACGCCGCCACGGCGGGCCACGCCCACUUCGGGGUCGAGGGGAAGCAGCGCCUCAGCGGGAGGGGGUUCGAGGGCCAGCACCCCAUCCUCGGAGUGGCGCAUCGGCCGAGUGGCCAUCCUGGAGACUGGCGACAAGCGCAAGCGGGACUCGUGGGCACCGGUGCUCGUCGUGAACCCGACUGGGGCGACUGGGCAAGGCAUCAGCACCCCUCUGCCUCGGGACGACGUCGUCAUCCGGUCAUUCAGGGAUGCCAAGUUUUUACAGGUGAACAAGCGAGAUCUGCGCGAGUUCUCGCGAGACGACGCCACCUCACGGGCCGAGACCAAUCCCCUGCGCCUGGCCGUGGACCGGGCGCUCACUUUUCUCGACCGAGGCGAACUGCCCACAGGUUGGCAGGGGAGCGCGCUGCUCCUUUCCAGCGGCUCCGCUGUUCCGUCGACUCCGCCGACUCCUUCCCGGGCCAGCGCAGGAUCAGCGUCGUCGCCCGCUCCUGCGGCGAACGAUGCGGGCAGCGGCAGCACCUCGGCCUCCACGGCCGACGACGAUGGCCACGACUCGCAGUCGGAUGUGUCCGAUGACGAACCUAGUGAGGAGAAAGACCGGUUCGUGGCGCAGCUGUACAAGUUCAUGGACGAACGUGGGACGCCCAUCAACAAGGGCCCCGCAAUGGCUGGCCGCGACCUGAACCUGUACCGGCUGUUCCGGGUGGUGAGUAAGCUGGGCGGAUGCAACCGGGUCACCAACCACAACCAGUGGAAGACGGUCUACACCCGACUCGGACUGCCUUCCCCCGCCAACCAGUCCAACGCACACCUGCUCCGAGCUGCCUACAAGAAGUACCUGCAGAGCUUUGAAGACUUCUACCGAAAGCUCGGUUGCACAAUGGUGUCGAACCCGCGGUCGGGAAGGGUGCGUCACCGGUCGGACCGCAUCAUGACCCGCAACCAGGACCGGGGACUGGCCCUCUUUGCUCGCAAGGACAAAGAGCAGAAGAAGAAGGAAGAGAAAGCCAAAGAGGAAGACAAGGACAAGGAAAAAGAGGACGACAAGAAGGCCAAGGACAAGUCUGCAGCAGCAGCGGCCGCAACUCCCCCUGUUGUGGUCAAAGAGGAGCCGCCUCCAGAAAAGCCGAGACCAUCGCGAACGUCCAGGGUCAAGCAGGACGAAGAGAGCAGCAGUGGUGGUAAUGGUACAGCGUCGGCCCUAUCUCCAGCUUCGGCUGCCAAGCCAACUGCUGCGGCUGUGGCUGCAGCUGCGGCAGCAGCAGCAGCAGCAGCAGCAGCAGUAGUGGCAGCAGCCACUGUGAGCCAGGAUGACACUAAGGUCCGAACAAGGGAAGAUGCCCGCCGUGAGAAGCAUGACAGCCCAGAAAAGCGGGAGGCCAAGUCAUCGUCCGUGCCUCCGCCGUCGCAACGCAAGAGUGAGAGUGUCGAGAGCGCCGACACCGACUCCGCGAAGGAGCCAGCAGCAGCGGCGGUGGCAGCAACUGCAUCAACGCCGACCCCGGCAGAAAAGUCGCGAGCCUCCAAGUCCAAAGACGCAGAGACUACUACUCCUACAACCACGCCGAAGCGGCAGGUAUGGGCUUUCGCUGAAGCUAGACGGGCAUUUGCUCUUCGUCCUUAUUUCACUUGCACUGCCUUAUGGUUAUCAUUGUUAUCGUUGAAUUCUGUCAAUCGUAGCGCCUCUUAUUUUUCAGCCCAAAAGAACAAGACAGAAGAGCCGGUUGAAAAGGAAAAGGUUGAAGACAAGACAAGCAGUUCAGCGGCCGCCACAGUUGAGCCAGAAACAAAGCCAGAGCCGCUUCCCCGGCCAGAGAGUGGGGAGCCGACGCGCAGGUGCUCCCUGGACAUGAGCAUUGACGUGGGCGACCGGGUCAAGGUCAAGUACGGGCGCGGCCGGCAGCUCAAGAUCUACGAGGCGAAAGUGCUACGUAUCGAGGAAGAGUGUAGCGAGAAGAAGUUCUACGUCCACUACACGGGCUGGAACAUGCGGUACGACGAGUGGGUCAGGAAAAACCGCAUUGUAGAGAAUGUCACGGAUAAAACAUCGAGAAGGAAACGCCUGCAGAAGGAGAAGCAGCAGGCAGAUGCUUCGCCACAGCCGAAGGCACAGUCCGGCCCUAACGGCAACCAACCAUCGCCAGCCCAAAGCACACCGAACAAUGCCCCCAGCUCAUCGGAGUCUCCGUCUUCGAGCAAGAAAACGGUGCGCAGAGGUCGUCCACCCAGUGUCUCGUCCAACCGUAGCAGGGCCCUGUCUGCGACUCCGCCUCCUGGGAAGCCCUCGCCGAACGCCGUGUCCACACGGGCCUCGCGGUCAGAGCGAGUCCUGGCCUCCGAUCAGCUGUCCACCAGCGGCUCAGAGCCGCGGCGUCGGAGCCGGCGGAAGUCGGGAACGCACUCGCCGCCUGGUCCGGAUGAUGACGACGAAGGCUCGGGCGACGACGAUGACGAUGUCUCUUUGAAGAGCCACAUCUCGAUCAAAAUUGAACCCGGAGAACCAUCAGAGGAGACGGAAAAGACUAUGUCGGCCAUGGCCACCGACUCCAGCGAAGAUGCUCCAUUGCCGAGCCCAGAGCCAAAGCCGGACAUCUUGGAUCACGAGGUUGUGAUGAAGGAGGAGCCUCCGGAGGAAGCGGAGGAGAAGAUGGAGUGUGACGACGAGGACACAGAUAUUGACGAGGGCUCGGCCACAAGUCUGGCUGCAUUCGUUGCAGCUGCGCGAGCUCAGAGCAAAGAGGACGCACAAGAGAAUGCCGCCGCAGAAGGAGGCGACGAGGAGAGUGAACCUGAGAUGACGAUGCAGAUUGACGAGGAAGCCGCGAAAGUGACGGAGGUCGAGGAAGUCCUCGACACCACUGUCGCCGACGAAGAGGACAGCUUGCUGGAAGAAGGCAGCCUGGUAAUCUUUGAGGACGAGAAAGCGGAAGAUGUAGCCGAUGACGAGGAACAGCCACCCACUGAGCCCGAAGUGGUUGCUGCUGCAGCCGUUUCUUUGAAACAGGAGAACGAAGGCGCCAUUGCUGAAGAGAAAAGUGAGGUCGCCGAGGAGGAGCCAAAGGAAAUCGAACAUCCUGAGGUCAUUCCCCCCAUCGAGACAAGUAGGCCUCCUACCAUCACUGCGACACGUGUGAUCACCAUUUUCCCACCAGCACCAGAGCCAGAGGCAGUGAAGCACAUUGAUUGGCUGAAACACGAAGAGGUGUCAAACAAGGAGGACGUCCAUGAAGAGAAGGAGGAGGAAGAAGAGGAGGAGGCUGAGGUCGAACCGCAGGUCGAAAUCCCGUCCUCACCACCGGCCAUCGAGAACCAGGACAACAUUGAGGAGGAGGAAGAGCUUGCGGCGGAAAGCAUCAGUGACGUGCUUCUUCUACCCCCUUCGCUAGUUGCCAAGGAGGGUCCAGAGAGGGACGCCCUGCUUGCGCCAGAGCAUUCGCUCCCUGCCUCGGAGUUUGACGUCUGCAAGGAAGAGGAUGAGGAAGACGAAGAGCUGCCCAAGGAGGAAGAGGACGAGGAUGACGACAACGCCGAGCCGAUUAGCCCAGUGGAGAGUGCUGACAGGGAGCCGUCGGUGAGUGUUGUGGACCGCAUCGAAUUUGUUAAAGAGGAGUCGGAGUCUGCGUCCACGCAAGACUUCUACAAGGUGGCCCUCUCGCUCAGCGACGACGGCAGCAACUCCAACGUCCUCCGCGUCGAAGAGGAAGGCAUGAAGGGCAUCAGCGAGCCUGUCGAAUUCCCACCGGUGUGUGGUGAGACAGUUGUGUCAGCUGCAGAAGUUGAAGUGGGCCCUGCCGAAGGCAGCGAACCCACGGCAAAGCGGACGGUUAAGCGGAAGAAGUUUAAGGGGUCAAAGACGAAAUUUGGAGCUGAAGGGAAGCUCAAAGGUCGUAAAAAGAUGAAAGGUCAGUUGAUGGCAGAUGGCACGGCCACCAAGGCGCCACGCUUGAAGAAGUGCCGAAAAGUCGGUGAUGGAGAGCAGCGAGUGGUGAAGAAGCGAAAAAAAUUGAAGAACGCGGAUGGCAGCGAGGAACCGACCGAAUCUGGCAUGAAGAAGGCAAAACGCAAAAUCCGCAAGGCCAGCAAGGAACACCCAGAAGCCGGCAAGAAGGGAAAGCGAAAGAAGCUAAUGAGCAGUGCUUCGUACGAUGAUUCCGAUGACACGGGAGAUGUCGAGAGAACAUUUGCAGGCAAGAUAAAACGCGAGAAGCGCAAGGCCGCUGCGCGCCCCUCACCACCGUUCCACCACGACUACCUGUCAACUCUGGCUGAGGUGUGCGGUCAGGAAGUAGAGAUGAAAGCAACGGCAGCGGCGGCGACGACAGAGUCUCAGGCUGAGUCUGCCGACUCUCUCUUCUUGUUGUGCGAAGAGAAGGUUCCGGCAAGUCCUACACGUGAGGGUGACGACGAAGCGUUGCAGCAGCCCCAGCAUCACCAUGCUCACGGUCAUCACCACCAUCAUCACCAUCACCACCACCACCAGCAUCAUCAGCACAUGCAUCACCCACAUUCCUCGCACCAUCAACCUCAGCAGCAGGCACAGCAACCGCCGCAGCUGCAACAGCAGCAGCAACAAGGCCCUUCAAAAAUGGACAUCUUCACAUCUGUUGCCGAGGCAGCCCUGGCAGGGCCGUCGAGCGGAGAUCCAUCGGCAGCCGUUCUGGACAACACGCCCCCGACGACUCCAGACGACAGCGGCGGCGCUGAGAAUGACUCGCCCUCUUCGUCGAUCGCGGGCUCGCCGCGGCGAGAAGGUGACAACUUUCACGGCCUCGACGGAGAGAGCACCAUGUCUGCAGACUCGGAGAACAGCCGGGGUUCCGCAGACGGAGCAGUUGGCUUUAAAGAAGGCGGCGAGGAUGACUCCUCAUCGUCGAGGGAGACAGACAGCGCCUCUUCAGCUGAGCGGCACAAAAUGAUGGCUGGGACGAAGCGGCCGGCUUCGCGCGACGACGAACAGCUCCUUAGACAUGGAAAGCGGGCGAGAAAAGCAGCACGCAAGGCACUUCUCUCUGCGGUGCGCAGGGACUCGAAAGGGAAGACGCACCGGACAUCACGGAGAGAAUCUUCGUUGCCAAUGUCGUCCACGUGUGACAGCCGCUCCUGCACGCCAACGUCCACAGCAACUACGUGCACAGCCAUGACGCCUGGCAGCAUGCACAUGGGCAGCUUCCACCGGCCAUCCAAGUUCAACUUUGACCUGCCUCUGGAUGGCAACAUGGACGCCGAGAAGCGGAUAGCAGUCCUUCAGGACCGGUUAACAGAGCUCCGUAAGGUCUACAUGCAGCUGAAAGCCGAAGUGGCCGUCAUAGACCGGCGGCGCAAGCGUGCCAAGAAAAAGGAAUCAAGUGCGCCUGUGCUGCCGAGCAUCUCUGCGGUCAUCGUCUCUCAGCCAGGGGUCUGCUCUUCUCCCCCGACUUCGCCGCGGCCCGUCGAAGUGCAGUGUUCAUCAUAACGCCACACCCCGGCGCUCACCGUUCCCCAUCGCCUCUUCACAUUCUCCAUCUUUGUCCUCCGCGACUGUCCUCCAGCGCGGUGUACCAGUCCCAGCAGUGCUCACCUCGAAAUUCAUUGCCUCCCUUGCCAACAACGCCACUGGCGAGGGGUGACUGUGCGCUGCCUCUUUUCAUCAUCAGCCAUCGUCAACAAACCCUCUCUGUUCUUCGGUUUGCCCGCACAUCUCAUGACGGUGCCCGGUGUGCCCUGUCCUUGUGUAUCUAGUUGUUUUCCAAGCUGUUUGUGUUGUCCCGCGUUUGUUUUAAGUGUUCCAAUUGUGUCAAGAGCUCUGAAUCUGUGCGCCUAGUAAUCGCAAGAUCCGGAGUCUGCUGCGCUUGCCACAUACUGUAACCGCUAUGACUCAAAACUUUGAACAGGGAUCCUAGAUCUUGGGCUCUCGGUUGAGACGGGCUUGCUCACUGUCGAAAAGGAGCUAGUUUUUUGCAGGUUGUGAAGUGUGCUGUUGAUUUUUUUUGUUGCCAGAAGAAAUGUAUUUAAUCUUAUUAAGCCUAUAACCUAAAUAAUCUACCACAAUCUGAAUACAGUCAGACCUCUACAUAACGAGCGCGGAUAUUUCGAAAUAAAUUAGGAUUUUCUCGCCAAUGUGAGCGUUUUACAAAUAUGUGUUUGUAGCAAAUGUCAGAUAUAACGAAGGUAUUUUCGUACCAAAUGUGUCUUUGUUAUAAUGAGAUUUGACGGUAUCAGAUUAUGGGCACAUGGCAGCCCAUCUAUGUUGUAUCAUAAUCGUGGACUGCAUUUAGCCUGUUGAGUGUGUAAAGCAUGACUUGCAAUGUUCAGGAUCGCACUGCCGUUCUCUUGUGAUUGCGAAGUUUGUCGAAGCGAAUUGUGCAAAAUGGUGCCACUUCACAAUUUGAACCUUGAGGUGUGUGUGCAUGUUCUAAGGGCAUGUUCCAGGGGCACUCGCUAACGAUUCUACCAAACUGGGAGGUGGCAAUGUUUUUUUAAAGCAAAUCGAGCAAGAGCGACCGUAUCAAGGCUGCCCGGAAAGGUCUUAAUUGUAAGCUAUUUGGGACCAAGAAGGAUUAACAGCCAUAUUUCCGAUCGCCUUUCACACCUGGCAGCGUCGAGGAGCCUACGUAACGUUCUGCUAUUACCUCUUGAUUUGCGUCUUGGCUCGUCUUGGCUCAGCCAUCACGAGGUGUUGCCAAGUUCUGUGCCCUCGCUUAGUACGCAGUGCAGAAAAACAAAGCGUAUAUGUUGUCGCAGUUCAGGCUCCUAUGUCAGCAUGAUGACUGCAAAGGUUUAUGACUGGCGCAUUGAUGUCUUUGGUCAGAGACGGUCACAAAUAUCUGAUUGCGCAGAGAUUGUGCCUUGCCUGCUUUUGGUGUGAUUUAAAGGUUUGCAAAUUCCAAGAAGGGCCACAAUUUGUGCUCGCUCGCUACACUCUCAAGGUGCCAUAGACUGCCGUCGCAACAUUGUGCGUAUAAUGUAGCAUUUUCAUUGUGUCACUUAGUACUCUGCGAAUACGAAUAUAGCAUGAUUCUUUUUUUUUCUGAGAAAUAAUCAGCUUGACCAAGUGCCUGUGCUUGUGCCAUGCGACGCUCCGAGGACAAUGCUUUUUUUUUUAUUAUUUCUUAAAUUCAUUUGUUUCACCCUUCACUGCGCAAUGUUCUCAACCACCAGACGACCGAGCUGUGCAGUGAAGUUGGCCUGCUGACAGUGUCGGGAGAAUAUGCAAAUAUGCAGGAGGGGUGUACCAAGGGGGACAAAAGAGAGUACCGCACUAGUACGUUCGAAGCCCAUGAUUAAGCUUUGCAUUAUAUUCAUGCUAGGUGCAUGCGAAUUGUAAUUUUUAAAACCGAACUGAAUUAGCGUCAGAAGCAAAUCUAAUCGAAAUGGAAUACUUUUCUAAUAGUUUUCCAAUAAUGAACAGACAUUGCAGCUAUAAUAUAAAACAAGGUUGAUGUCCUGGUCGAUGAGUCUCCGCAAUUUCAUUGCGCGUUGUGAAGUGUUUAUUAAGACUCACAAAAGGGAGCAUUAGGAAAAAAAAUAAGGAGCUUAUUUACAUAUGGAGGGCUCUUUGGAAACUGCGAAUUAUCACCGUUUAGCCAUUAAGGUCUUGUUCCCUGAGCAACGUAACGCUCUCCACUGCGCAACUCCUAUGUUUUAUGUCUACGGGGGCCGCAGGAAUAUAAUUUAUUGUACGUUUGCUCCAGUUUUGUGUGAUCAGGUGCUGUUGACAGCUUGAAGUAUUAGAAAAUUAUUCGAGAUGUAUUAGCGUUUACAGAUGGUGACUAUACGAUUCGAAGACCAAAUCGAAUAGGGCAAUAUUCGAUUGAUUAUUUAAAAUUUUCGAAUAUUCACACACUCCUAAUUUAUGCGCUCCUUUAUUUAUUUUUCUGCUUGGUGGACCGAGAAAAAGUUCCUCAAAUUGUGCUCAAUUUGUGGUCGCAUUGUAUUCGUGCAGAUAUGAUAGUUGUUUUUUUCUUCAUGGAAAUUGAUUUAGUUUUCGAUACAGAAUUUAUGAUCAAAGGAAGUGCUUGACAGAUCACUAGUGUUGCCAGCCGCAUUUUCUUCUUUUAAUGUUCUGUCAACACGAUAUGCAUGUCACAUAUUGAACUUGUGUUCAUAUGUUUAUACUACCUGCAUUCAUGUGAACCUGUAUUGGUGACACUGUUCAGGCGUGAACUGUAAAAAAAAAAAAUCACUUUUUGAUGCCUGUACACAUGAUAUUGAGAAUCAUGAAGCAAAUACUGUGUAGGUAAAGCACAAAUAUGAUUUGUGGUAGCUUAUAAUGUGUCAGAAAGGUUAUUUGGAUACUCACAAGAGUGCAAUCUUUUUUUUUUCUCUGUUUUUUUUUCCCCCUACGUAACGUUACAUGUGAAACUUGGCUUGGAUGGUGCACACUAUUUUAUUUAAAAUAGAGCGCCCACUUGCUAUCUCAUCAUUGGUUAUAAGCGAGAAGCGACACGAUGGCCUGGAGGUUAUGCAUUGAUGUCUGCACAGUGCGCCUUUUGAACCACUUUUUCUCGACAAAGGGAAAGAAAUAUUACGGUGUCAUUGAGUUUAUUAUCGGUUAGACGUUCUCUUAAAGAGUAAACUGUAAGGCGCUUUAUGUUUUCAACCAUUAAGCCAGGCAACCUCUGAAGCACCAUUGUUCUCUUGCCCAAAUGUAAAUCUGCCAUGUUGUUUCCCAACAAAGGAUGCAUUUUACUGCCAUUCACUAAAAUUGUGCUCUGCUAAAUAUUUCAUGGAAAGUAGUUAUCUCAAGCGGCCAUCGUCGUCUUACGCUUUCAGAUGAUUGCGAUCUGUUUUGCAGCUUUGAUGGCAUUUAUUGUUACAGGCGAUGUGCUGACACAUCCAGAUCAUGAUGUAACUUUUCUUUAAUGCUUCAUAUACGUUUGGAGAGAUUCGCAAUAUCCAAAUCAAGGAAUUGUCCUUUGUACUUGGAAUGAGGUACGCUGUGGCCGUUGAGACAGUGUUGUCAAGAGGUUCAGUGUGACUCCAUUCUUCUGAAUCUAGGCCUUACUUGUGUGUCAGCAUCAGUGACUAACUGCUGUCAGUGGUCAGUAUCGUACAGUUAAUUACUAUUGGUGAGUUUGCCUGCUUCAGCAACGCCAGGUUACACAUUUUGGAUUUCUAGCUUAAAUAAUUUGCUCUUUUCCUAACCACGUUACUUCUGCUGCAUCCUGUUAAACAUGAGAGUGGCAUUUAGGGUGUCAAAAUUGUUAACACCGAUUGUCGUUCAGUGUGACAUGACUUCCUUUUGCAUUUCGGGGUUUGUACCGUGACAAUGGUUAUACUAGCGACACGUUUCCCCGACACUUGCCUUCUGUUGUGUAUUUUGUACGCACCAGGCACUGAUCGCCGAUGUCCCUGGUUACAGGACACUAUGUAACUCCACUUCGUUUCUGUUAGCACAGGUUUCAUAGCUUUGUCAAGCAUGUGAAGCUGGCACGACAUGAACUAAAUGUUUUUACAACUGCGGCAAGAAUUUCACGCUUGCAAACAAACUUCUUCCAGAUGCUCAAGGAAUGCUGUUUUUCAGUCAAGUUCAUUUUAUUGCCCUGGGAGGUCGCCCCCACAGGAUAUGUUACCUGAAGAGGUUACGUUUGCUGCGAAAUCAACCUUUGAACUGCAUAGCUGGCCGUAUGCUGUCAGCUUGUGUUGCUCUGAAAACGUUGAGCCAGACAACCUUCUCUGAACUCAACUGGCAAACUUGUUUGGCUUCUCCCAGAGGCAUUUCUCGUCUCAUCCAUCACGUAUGUAUCGAGGUAUCUGCGAGAGGCCAAGCGUUCAACAGAUGGCGAUUCCAAAUGCGUACUGAGGCUCAGCUUGUUGGAGGGGAGUGCAAACUUUCUCGCUCCAUGACGCAAAUAACCUAAUUAUGCCAGUGGUCAAUCCUGCAGUAGCGGGACCAAGUGGAUGAGGCCAUUCCAAUCUCUUCGUUGAAGGAUCAAGUGGUGGCCAGCCUGAGUACAGGGCUUCGUAACAUUAAAAAAAAAUAAAGCAAGGCAAUAACCGGAUCGAGUUGGUGAUGAUGCAACAAAUGGAGGGAAAAGGCUACAAGUUUUUAGUGGACUCGUUUUUUUUAUUAUUUAUUAACGACUUUUUUUUUUUACAAGUUUUUACACUGUGUCGCAUUGUAGCGACAUCUCUGUGGCUGUACAUAUGGCCUUGGUCAUUGUUACAUUUUGCAGUUGACGAGGUUUCCCUUCUCGCUUCUGUUUGUUUUGCAACAAUAAUCAUGAUUAUUAUGCAAGACAUUGAUAUCUAUCGUAGCGGUAACAAUUUCCUUUCGACCCCUUCUUUCUUGUUAUACUGAUGGCUUCAUGUUAAGUUAUUUGUUCAUUCAAGGAGACCCUUUCUUUCGAGGAUGUAUAGAAGCUAUUCUGUUCCUGGCAGCCGUCGACAAUAUUGAGUCGGUAAAGCCUGUGAAUGCAGAGGAUUUUGCAAUUCCGUCAAGCUCUAUGAAGCCUUUGCGGCGUGCCACGCCCAAAGAUCGGCCAAAGUGCAUCUAAACAUCCGAAGGGGACAAGUGCAUCGUGUUUUCGUCGGAGGUCAUGCUUUUUGUCUGUGUGUGUGCGUGCGUUUGCGUGCUCGUCUACCGAAGGAGCAUCUGUUUUUCCAGAACGUUUUCUUACUUAAGCGGAUGUCGGCAUGGGACACCGUUGCUUGUGCGGUGAUCGGAGGAUGCCUGGUUGUCGCCGGUCCGAAAAUCUCGGUGAUGCAUGCCCGACAGCUCAGAAACGUCGAGGACAGAGAGACAUAUAUUUAAGACUUUGGUGUGUCUCCUUUGUUAGUCUUUUCUUUGUUCCUGUACAUAAUGUCGAUGUAAAAAGACUUAUGGUGCAAUGAUGUUGAGAAUGCUGAUAAAGGACAGUGGUGAUUUGCGUUCUCCCUUCUGCAGUCUGCAUGGAAAAGGAACGCCAAUGCAACGUUGCCGACGCCGCAAAGCCUGGCGCAUCGUGGUGAACGCGAAGAGACUCUAUGAUGCGUAACAACUGCGUGUCUGCUUCUUUUUUCACUGUCGGCAAAUGUGUGUUGACACCGCAGUCGCAUUGGUACAGGCAACGUCACCAUUUUUUAUUUAUGUUUUCCUGUUGGAUCUUGUGUGCAUUGUGGCAGAAAGUCCACGCUAAUGUCCUAGCGUGAGAAAGUGCUUGUACAGUUCCCCAUAAUGCACUUUUGCAUGAGUUUUUAGAUGUAAUUAUUGCUGUAGCCAUGCUGUGUGUUUGUCUCCCAUAAAAGAAUGAUAUCCACCCGCAUAGUAUACACCAGUAAAAUAAAUGUUUAUCCUACUGCU